AUAUUAUAUACGACGUAUGCAACGUCAAGGUCAAUGUUAGCUUUUUGAUAUACAAAAUCUAAGAAGUAUUUAUAUUUUCAAGAUGGCAACAAGGGAAUAUAUCUCGUCAAAAUGGAAUAUGGAAGAAGUUUAUCUUCCCUAUAAUAGAUUUUCUUCACUCCAUUCGAAUCGAGUAGAAAGCAGUGGGCAUACACAAGAAGACAAUAAAAUAUUAAAGCGUGUUCGGUUUCAAUUUGAUGAAGCAUCGACAAUCCAUCACGACGACAUCAGAACAGCGAAUUCUCCCGAAGAUGUCUUUAUUGGAAAUAAUGCCAAAGACCCUGGUAGUGGCACGUAUUUGGACAGAUUAAUAGAACACUAUCUUUAUCAAACUAGGCCAACUGUUUCCGGGAAUAAUUUUGGUAUAAGAUCAUGCCAAUGUUGCUUAGAAAGAAAUAGAGAUAUGAAUUGUAACUUAGAGCAUAAUCUUCACAAUGAAUUCAACACGAACGACCCCGUAGGCAAACAUCGUGCAAUUGGACUUAGAUCUAGCCCGAAAGGACAUACACAUAUCGAUGAUAACGAGAGGAGUCAUGAUUCACAAUGGAGUACCAUUCCAGGACCUGUAGAAUCACCAACAAGUACUGUUCACCCUGCUGAGGAUCAAACAAAGAACAGCUAUUUCACGGAAAGAUUGAGCACAACCUCACAUUACCCAGAUCUUGGUUAUCGCUCUGUUCAAUACCUUACCCAUCCCGAAUUUGCUAUAAACACAGACAACACGUAUUACUUUCAAAAGUCUUUGGAUCCAGAUAUAUUGGCUGCUGACACCAACUAUAACAAUAAUAUGGAGAAACUUGCAUACACUAUCAAACACCUUGAGCUUUCAUGACCAUACUGAGUGGUCAACAAUCUUGUCUUGCAUUGAACAGGCUGCAUUGAACUAGUCGAUUGAUGGCGUUGAUAACGAGUUAUCGAAAAUGUUCUUAAUAUAUAUAGUUUUCAACAAGCUUUGUCAAGUUAUUUUAAUAAAUGAUUAUAAUAUAAAAA